AUGGGGUGCAGGUGCUGCAAAAUGAUACAAAGCUAUAUUUUUGAUCCAGAAGAAGUACAAUCACCUGGAUGUAUUCCUGAAGUAAACAGCUACAAACACAAUGAGCAAGGCAGCAAUAAAUCCAAAUUCAAAGAGAACAGUGAAAUCCAAGAACACAAAAAUGAACUCCAGAAAGAUGAGCUAAACAGAACAGAAAAUAAAAAUCAGGUAAACAGCACAAAAGAAACUCUCUGGAACCACGGAGGCAAUGAUUUUCAAGAGGAUGGUGUUGUGAAAUGCGUUGCAAAGCUUGAUGUUGCAGUCAACGGUGGCAACUCCUGUGCUGGAGUGCGCGCCAUGCUCAAUCCCAACACAAAGCCAGUGAAAGAAGCCAGUGAUCAGGGAACACGCAGACAGUCAGCAGAGUCUUCUUCAGCCAGCAUCAGAGACUUUUACACCAAACCAAAUAGGUCUGGCCAAGAACUUGACCUAGAGGCAGGCAGACAGAGGAAGGCAGCCUGCAAUGAGCCAAACAGUAUUCAAGAUGGGAACUCCCAGUCGGCAGAAGAUAGCAUCUUUCUCAAAGGAAGUACAAUAUUGGAGACACAAAACAAUGCCAUACAACUGCCAGAUAUUGAUUAUCCCCAAAAUGUCAAUCAAACCAGGAACUAUGGUGAAAAAGAUAGUUUUUCAGUCCAUUGUGCAUAUUCAGACAAAACCACUGGGCCUUCACCAACAGAGGACCAGGACCUUUCUGUAACUCUGCCUUCGCCUAUGAAGGAAAGCAGUAUUGAACCUUUUAAAACUGACUCCCUAAGUUUGAGUGAGGGCAUUCCUGGUGGUAUAACUGCUGUGGCUGUUACCAAAGUAGUACAGGCACCCACACACCCCAACCACACAGACAUCAAUGGAGAAACUGAGGAGGAAGAUGCAGAAGUGGCAGCAGCUCUGGCUGCACUGGAAGCUGCAACUGCGGGGGAAGACCUGGAAGAUGACGAUGAGUACUAG